ACAGCCACACACAAACUUGAGACCAAUUCAUCCAUUAGACACAAAUCCUGCACGUACAGAUCCGAUUUUUGCAAAAACUUUUAACAAUUAAUAAUGUUAAAAAAUUCAGUGACAAGAAACACACAGAUUUUAAAGGCACACAGCACCUGAGGACACGCAUAAGAUCAUAUCUGGGUCUGUCAUCAUGCAGCUUAGCAGGCACCUUUGAGACAACUUAAAUUAAAAAGACUCACCCAUAUACGAACACCCACAUCACUGGCUAAGUUAAUUUUCGGGGAAGAGGAGAGACAUUGGGAUAUCAUUACAAAAUUCUUAAUAAUGGACUUGCUCCACAGCUCUGGUGUGAGGAUUACGUCCUACAUGCAGACCCACUACAGUCAAAGCCAGGGUUACUUCCUGUUAGUCUCCAUGGCAACAGACCUACACAUCACCUUCUUUCUGUUGUUCCCCAUAUGGUUCCAUGUACAGCAAGCUGAGGCAGUCAAACUGGUGUGGGUGGCAGUAGUGGGAGACUGGGUGAACCUGAUGCUGAAAUGGCUUCUGUUUGGAGAGCGUCCCUAUUGGUGGGUUCAAGAGACGGGUUACUAUGGCAACUCCUCCCAGCCGAUGAUACAGCAGUUCCCCAUGACCUGUGAGACUGGACCAGGAAGUCCGUCAGGUCAUGCCAUGGGGGCUGCGGCAGUCUACUACACCAUGAUGUCAUCACUCAUUGCCACAGUGCUGAAAAAAGAAGGAAAGCAAUUCGAGAAAUGGUGUGUGCGUGUCUCACUAUGGACGCUGUUCUGGUGUGUGCAGGUGUGUGUGUGCCUCUCCAGGGUCUUCAUUGCUGCUCACUUCCCACAUCAGGUCAUCACAGGAGUUACCUUAGGUAUCCUGGUAGCAGAAUCCCUCAGCCAGGCCCAGGAGAUCUUCAAGGCCCAUCUGCGUUCAUACUUCCUCAUCUCCCUUCUCCUCCUCUCCCUGGCUCUCUUCUUGUACCUGUGCCUCCAGCUGGUAGGCAUCAACCUCCUCUGGAGUGUGGAGAAAGCACGCCGCUGGUGCCGCCGAGCAGAGUGGGUCAGCAUUGACACUAACCCCUUGGCCAGCUUGUUCAGAAACACUGGGACUCUGCUGGGCCUGGGCCUGGGGCUCCACUCCCCUCUGUAUGCACACACCAGCAGAGAAUCGCUCAGCAGGGGGACUGAGGGCGCCAUCUACAGGUUCAUCUGUUUAAGUGCAACACUGGUAUUGCUGCAGCUAUUUGACUCUGCCUUUCGGCCACCUGUAUACAGCGGAGCUCUGUUCUAUCUGCUGUCAUUCUGUAAAAGUGCCACUGUGCCUCUGGCUACUGUGGCUAUUGUUCCCUACUGUGUGACUGCAGCACUGGGAUUUAAGGGGGAGAAGCUGCUAUGAGGCAGGUGGCCUUACGUUACAUGUGGUAUAGGCUGGGUGAGCCACUGUGCAUCAAGUCAUAUACUUGUAAAACUGUGGGUUUAAAUCUACAACAUAUGGGCAAAAGUAUGUGGACACAUGUCCCUUUCAUCUAAGUCUCAUUUUCCUGCUCUGUAACAAACUUUGGUCUGCCAAUGAGGAUUUAGCAAUAUUUGAAUCGAAAUCUGAUGGCAGUUUUGGGGUUGUUUGUUUAUGUUGCCACGUUCACUGUCAGUCACAUCCGAUUAAACCACACCCACAUCGUCCUGAUGUAGCUGAGUUUUGGAGAGUUGAACCAUGAAUAAUACAUACUGUAAAUGAUACAUUAUAAGACAUACAUAUUGAUUGUUGUAGAAAUAGAGAAGGAAUAAAGUCAUAGUUAAAAGAUUCGUAUUCUCUGUGUAUCUCAGCUGAUACAAUUUUGAAGUAGUAUGGGCAGUUUUGAAGUAUGGACAGUAGGACAGAGGAUUAAUCCUACUGAAUUUAGUGAUCCUCAUACUUUUCCUCUAGCGCCAUCAGCAGGUCAAAGUUUUCACUUCUCCUGUGAAAUAUCACAACAGUUCCUCGAUGGAUUGGCCCAAAAUGUUAUACAGACAUGUUUGGUUCCCAGAAGAUGUACCCUAAUGACUUUGGUGAUUCCCCUGACAUUUCCUCUAGACCCAACAACAGGUGAACAUUUUGUGGUUUUUGAAUGAAAUAUCUCAACACAUUUUGGAUAGAUUGACAUGACAUUUAGUUCAAACAUUCAUGAUCCCCUCAGGAUGAAUUGUGAUAACUCUGGUGAUCCUCUGACUUUUCAUCUGGGGAAAAAUACCAGUAAAACUAAUUACACUCCCAUCAACCAGAGCUGUACUUUGUGUUUGGUGCUAAUUCGCAAAUGUUAGUAUGCUAAUGUUAAGCUAAGAUGGUGAACAAGGUGAACAUUCUACCUGCUACAACAUCAGCAUGUUAGCAUUGUCAUUGUGAGUAUGUUAGCAUGCUGAUGUUAACAUUUAGCUCAAAGCGCCGCUGUGUCCUCAUACAGACUGAGAGCUGUUAGUAUGGAUGUAGACAUGUUUUGUAUACAUUUAGAUUAUGCUGCUUGUAUGGUGCAACAGAUUCAGCCAGCGGUUUCU